AAAUUAUCAACCGCUAAAAAGGGUCAAAGACUAUCGCUUCAAUUUGUCAAUACACACGAAAACCAUUCAUGGAAAAGUCCUUCAAGACAAAUCGAAGAAUUUGCCAUUAUUCGCAUGAAAAAAUGGUCCCGGAAGAGGGCUCAUCCUCUUCAACCCCAUUCAGUUCAGAAAAAUCCCCAAAAUGCCCUCAGCCAACAGAGAUGAAAUCCGAGGAGAGAGGCCUCUGUCUCGUUCACCUUCUCAUCGCAUGCGCCAAUCACGUGGCCUCUAACAACCUCGAAAACGCUAACGUGAGCCUCGACUACAUUUCCCGUCUCGCCUCCAUUAAUGGCGACACGAUGCAGAGGAUCUCAGCCCACUUUGCAGAGGCCCUCGCUGACCGUAUGCUCAGAAUCUGGCCCGGGCUUCACCGGGCCCUCACCUCGGCCCGUAUAACUUCCUCUGAGGAAGAAAUCCAGGCCAGGAAUCUUUUCUUCGAUCUCUGCCCUUUUCUAAAGGUCUCGCAAUUAAUCACAAACCAAGCAAUUCUGGAAGCCAUGGAAGGUGAGAAAGUUGUUCACGUGAUCGACCUUGACUGUUUCGAGCCUUCUCAGUGGGUCGGGCUUAUUCGGGCCCUGAGCAAUCGGCCCGAAGGCCCGCCCCAUUUAAAGAUCACGGGCCUUCAACAGAACAAAGGAGUUUUGGACAGAGUCGCGUUCAGGUUGAAUGAAGAAGCCGAGAAGUUAGAUAUCCCCUUUCAGUUUAAUCCCAUCGUUUGCGAAAUUGAAAGUCUCGAUUUCGAUAGCUUGCACGUCAAGUCUGGAGAAGCUGUUGCCGUGAGUUGUGUAUUUCGGCUGCAUUCUCUUCUGGCUUCUGACGAUGACGUCCAAAUGCCUAAAAUGACUAACUUUCUAAACGGGCUUUGGGGUCUCUUUCCGAAAAUCGUGAUGGUGACCGAACAAGAAUCGAAUCACAACAAGUCGAAUUUGAUGGAUAGAGUUAUGGAGGCACUGAAUUUUUACGGUGCCCUCUUUGAUUGUUUGGAGUGUACUUUGCCUGUUGAGUCUUUAGAGCGGCGGAAGAUUGAGAGGAAUCUGUAUGGGAAGGAAAUUAAUAACAUUGUAGCGUGUGAAAGUGUGGAUAGGAAAACGAGACAUGAGAAGCUUGAGAAAUGGGUUCGUAGGCUCGAGUUUGUCGGUUUUGGUAAGGUGUCGUUGAGCUAUGAGGUUAUGGUGCAGGCCAGGAUAUUUUUGCAGAGUUUUAAGUGUAAUGGGUAUAACUAUAGAGUGAGAGAGGAGAAUGGUUGUUUCUUUAUUUGCUGGCAGGAUAAACCGCUUUUCUCGGUUUCGGGGGAACUGGAAAGUCUCGAUUUCGAUAUCUUGCACGUCAAGUCUGGAGAAGCUGUUGCCGAUAUUAGAGCAAGUUUUGUUUGUCCUUUGGUUCAAUGGAUUUGGGCAGAGAAAGGAAGAAGAAGAUCGUUGAAGGUGUCGACGUCGGGUUUUCUUGACGAUUCUCACAAAGCUAUGUCGACAAAACUUAAUGGAAAGGAGUUUGCAUUUUUUGACUGGUAUCACUUUUUCAAAGGCCUUGACAAGAAACUCCCAUUGAGCUUCUUUUGCUUGAUCAGUUAUGGGGAUAAAAUUUGUGAAACAUUUGUGGAGCUUUUCUUGAUUCUGUGCUUCAUGGCCUUCUUCUGGAUAAAUUUGAUUCAGUACCAAAGUAUUGGUCAUAUCAUCUUGUUCUUUCUGCUGGGACUUGAAUAG